UCUUCGCUGAAAGCCUGCGCUACAUGGAGCAACAUGCCCUGAACACUAUCCAGGAAGCCUCUUCCAAUACCGUUUGUGACCUUGAGGAAAUCACUUGGGUUAUUACUGUCCCAGCCAUAUGGAGCACAGCUGCCAGGCAGUUCAUGCGGCUGGCAGCAAAAGAGGCAGGACUUAUCUCUGACAUGAUUUCUGAGAAGCUGAUUAUUGCCCUGGAAUCAGAGGCUGCAUCACUCUGGUGUAAACAGCUUCCACAGGAAGGGUUUCUUGCAGAGGGCAGUGACAAGAGAAAGUUUGAAGACUCCCCUGGGAUCCAGUAUGUUGUCGCUGACUGUGGAGGUGGCACAGUGGACAUCACAGUACACGAGAUCCAAGAAAACCAUUGCCUGAAAGAGUUACACAAGGCGUCUGGAGGUGGAUGGGGAGGCAACAGAGUGGAUGAAAACUUCAGUAUGUUUCUCAGGGAGGUGUUUGAUGACGGCGUAUGGGAUGAAUACGUGAAGAGCUACCCUAUCGAAUGGCAACGGAUGAUGCAGUAUUUAGAGAGCCCUGAAGAGAGACCUGGGUCAGAACCAUCCCAUCACUGCCUCCGUGUUCUCCUCCCUUCCUCCACUAUGUCCUUCUCUGAAGCGGAGGUGCAGAGCGCCCGUGGGGCCUGGGAAAAGAUCUAUGUGGAUGCUGAAGACAACGGGACAGCAGUGCUGAUCAGGAUGUUUACCGAGCACCCGGACACCAAGUCCUAUUUCACACACUUCAAAGGCAUGGACAGCGCCGAAGAGAUGAAACAGUCGGAUCAGGUCAGAGGCCAUGGCAAGAGGGUUUUCAGUGCCAUCAAUGACCUGGUGCAACAUCUGGACAACACUGAGGCUUUUCUUGGGGUACUGAACCCGCUCGGCCAGAAACAUGCCACCCAGCUCAAGAUUGACCCCAAAAAUUUCAGGAUCAUCUGCGACAUUAUCUUGCAACUGAUGGAGGAGAAAUUUGGUGGAGACUGCAAAGCCUCCUUUGAGAAGGUGACCAACGAGAUCUGCACUCACCUGAACAACAUCUACAAAGAAGCGGGUUGGUGAGGGCAGGUGACCUUCAGGCUCUUCAGACUUCUCACCAGCACUGA